GGUGUUAAACGAGUUGAACAGCUCUGUCACUCGCUGUUUUGGACCUUCUAGGAAGUGCCUCGGUGUCUUGUCGGUGUCCCAGCGUUGUGUUGCCCCCGGCCGGACCACCGUGUGAGGAGUGAACAUGUGUGCGGGCGGCCUGCUGCUCUGCUGCCUGGCCGGGCUGGCCUCGACCAGCUGGGCUCAGUACGCUCCGGACGAGGUGAGGCAGCUGCCCGGGAUGAUGUUCAAACCCAACUACCAGCAGUGGUCCGGGUACCUUCAGGCAGGGCCCGGCAAGUUCCUCCAUUACUGGUUUGUGAGCUCGCAGAGGGACCCGGUCAAAGACCCCUUGGUGCUCUGGCUGAAUGGAGGCCCCGGCUGCAGCUCGCUGGAUGGAUUCCUGUCAGAAAAUGGUCCCUUUCAUGUAAAUGAUGACGGGGCAACGCUGUAUGAGAACAAAUUCAGCUGGAACAAGAUUGCCAACAUUUUGUAUCUGGAAGCUCCUGCAGGAGUGGGCUACUCUUACUCUGAUGACCAGAAGUACGAAACUAAUGAUGACCAGGUCGCCGAUGAUAAUUACCUAGCCCUGCAGAGUUUUUUUAACAAGUUUCCAAACUUCACUGAGAAUGAGUUCUUCAUUUUUGGCGAAAGUUAUGGUGGGAUUUAUGCCCCAACCCUCAGCCUGCGUGUGGCUACAGGAACUGCCAAGAUCAACUUCAAGGGUUUUGCAGUAGGCAACGGUCUCAGUAGCUUUGCUUUCAAUGACCAAGCUUUGAUCUACUUUGGUUACUACCACGGCCUCUUUGGAGAAGAUUUAUGGCGAGAUCUGAACAUAAAUUGCUGCGACAAAGAGAGCUGUAACUUCUACAAUACCAGCUCAGAGACCUGCAAGACGCUGUUAAAUGUGGCCUUUCGUAUCGUGUAUGAGAGCGGACUGAAUGAGUAUGCACUUUACUUGGAUUGCGAGGGUGGAAUAAAAUCCCACCAAGGCUACGAGAGGAGCAUGAGUCAUCUGUUUAAGAACCUCAGGAAAUACUGGAGCACCACCAAGGUUGCAGGUGCUCCCUCUGUACCUCUGGGUGAAGUCCCUCCCUGCAUCAACAGCACAGCGCAGAUGAACUGGCUGAACAGAGGCGACGUGAGGAAGGCUUUGCACAUUCCAGACACACUACCGCCAUGGGACAUUUGCAGUGAAGUUGUCGGCGCGCAGUACACCACCCUGUACCAGACAAUGAAGGAGGCUCAUCUGAAGCUGCUCUCUCUGGGUCUGCGGGUCCUGGUCUACAACGGAGACACGGACAUGGCCUGCAACUUCCUGGGAGACCAGUGGUUUGUGGAGGACCUCGGCCUGACGCCAACCACUAAGUACAAGGCCUGGAUCGAUGAUGACCAGAUUGCCGGCUUCUACCAACAAUUUGGAAACAUGACCUUUCUGACAGUGAAGGGUGCAGGACACAUGGUUCCUCAGUGGGCUCCUGGCCCGGCUUUCCACAUGUUCCAGUCUUUCAUAACAAAUGGCCCCUACUGAGCGUCCUGCACUGCUCGGUACUCAGACCAUUUAUUUUUCUCAGGGAAAAAUCUUUUUGGGAAAACAGAUCUUACGGAAAUCACUAAACUGUACUCUUAAUAGAGAUGUGAUCUAAUGGAUAUCUUCUGUAACGUUGGUGUGGUGUGGUUUUUGUUUUCAAUUAUCAUGCUUUUAGUUUGAAGAACUUUAAGAUGUGUGCUCUUACUGAUCUUGCUCACACUCGAUCCAUCUGAAAUUUCAGAUGUGAAGUGCAUUGUACUUUUUUUUUUUUUAAAUAAACAGAACUGCCACUGU